AUGCCUAACAGGUUAGGCCACAACUAUUUUAUGAAAACUUUUUGACUUCCAAGAUCUGAAAAACAAUUCUCUUAGUGGUCUUCCCAACAUUUUUUUUCUUAGAGGCUAUGAGAAUUUGAUGAAAGAUCAACUAAUUCAUAAUGUUUAUCCUUCUUUGUCUCACCAUCUUUUGAAUGAUUUUUGAAAAAAUUUGGUCUUCUUACAUCUCUUCCAAACUCAGAGAAAGAGGCAAAAGUAGGGAACAUAAACUCUGCAAAUUCCAGAGACAUUUAAACCAUCCCUUCUUCAUUUUGCCAAUGAUUUCACCUUUAGAUGGACUAUUUGGAUAGAGAAAGACUUUAUCAAGUUCCAUUUCAAAUCUCAUUGCCCUUUUUAUGUAUUUUUCUACUUCAACAGUCAUGGAUGCAUACACGUGCACCCAACAGACUUGAAAAACAUUGAUGAUAUCCUUGUACACAAGCUGGGUGUGGUUAUACACAAAAAUCCUUUUGAAGAGAACCCAUACCCCUAUGUACCUCAAGGCAUUCUAUCUGUUGAGCAAAUUGGCUGAUACUUAUAGAAAUAGCAUGUUCCAGGUAUUCAGUCAGUUAAGUGGAAUAUAAUGGCAAAUGGUACAAUAGAAGUGGAGUGAAAAAGCAAGAGAGGUUUGGGUCAGUUUAGCCUCCCUCAUGUUUUUCAUUCCUCAGCAACAUUAUUGAGCUUCAUUUUUACUAACUGAUCACCUGGAACAGGCUAUGAUAGUAGAAAGUACAACAUCAAUUAAUGAGUCCUUUUCAGUCGAGUGUUGUUGAACUGAAACCACAUAAUCAUUGUAAUCACAAUGGCCAAUCUGAGCAAAGCAAAUUUGUCAAGGAGGCAAUGGGAACUCAAAAUGAACAUGGGCCUUAAUUGCAGGAAAGCAGAAGAGACUAAGUCCCAAUUGGUUCUAGUCUUGCAUCUAAUUAGUCAGGAGAGUGGUCCAAACUGUCUCAGCUGAUCAAGGAGCUAAAUGAAGAAGAGCAUUUUUCCACUGGGUGUUGGAAGAAAUCUGAGAUUUCCUUCCUUCCCAUUGUGACUGGUCCACUCAGAUGCAAAACUAAACUCAAUCACAACUUGGUCAUGAUCACCCCCCCAUUUUCCUGCCCUUUACAUAAUGUGGUUGUGUUUACUGCAAGUUUUGUUGACUCUCAACCCUUCACACCCUAACACCAAUAUGCAUAUUCUCCAUACUCUUCUCCAUACGUUUCCCAAGGUGUUAACAAGGAGAAUUUAUUUCACAAUCAGGAGUUUCUUUAGUUGGUGAUCAUUCUCUUUAUUCUUGUUACCAUAAUGUGUGAUUCAGGAGUGAUAUCGUAAGGAGAAUUUGGAUUCUAGUCACUCUAAGGGUUUAAAGGGUUAGAGGUAUUUUCCUCUCUUCUGAUUGGCCAUUGUGAUAACUUUGGUCUUGGUUUUACAACACUCAAUCAUAAAGUAAAGCACCCAUAAGGCAUUGUAGCCCUAGAUUACUUUGGACAAUUGGUGAAAAUUGCUCCAGACUAAUGGCGAUCAAUAAUUAUCCAAAGAAAAAGAGACCCUUCAUUUGUUUGAAAUUAUAUACAAGAUUACAAGCUCAACAACUACCCGAAGUUUUGAUCUACUAAAUGGAGAUUUCUUAGCUCUUUUAAAAAAUUAUUAAUUGUAAAUUAAUUUUGCAUGUUUUUUCAUUGAUAGUGAUGGUUGCAUUCAUGUUCACCCUGACGAUUUAAAGACCAUUGAUCAAAUUCUUAAAAAGCUUGGUGUGAUUGAGAGACAAAAUACUUUUGGAAAACUGCCAUAUCCUUAUAAACCUCAAGGUUUGCUCUCAAUUGAAGAGAUUUUUCUCUAG